CAAGAACUCAAGAAGAUAGAUACAAAUAGUUAUAGAGAGAGAGAAGGACAUAGAAGGUUUUGAAACAAGAGAGAGAAAGCUUCUUCUCAUAUAUAUAUAUCUCCUUUUUCCUGGUCGUGGCGGACUCCCAUUCGAAGAAGCAAUAAUUACUCUUCUUUCAUUCCACUCUAAACUGACACGUACUCUCACGCCGGUGUUAGAUCUGAUACCAAAAUCAUGGGUAGCAGAGGUAGUAAUGGCGACGGAAUCCCACCGGCGUCAAGAAAGAUGGUACUCAGUUUAAAGGAGAUAGUUGACGGCGUUACGGAUGCUGAGAUCUACUCAACCCUAAAAGAUUGUAAUAUGGACCCUAAUGAAGCCGUUAAUCGCCUCUUGUCUCAAGAUCAUUUUCACGAGGUGAAGAGCAAGCGAGAAAAGAAAAAGGUCAAGAAUACAACAGAAUCCAGACCUCGUGGUGGUGGUAACGCUUCAAACCGUGGGGCUAGAAGUGGACAUAGUGGGCCAACCCAUUACAACUCUUCUGAGUCUAGUGGAUUUCAAGCAAAGCCUACGUACAAGAGGGAAAAUACUAGAGUUGCUCCGCGUGAUGCAAGUUGGCAGCCUCCGACUUACAGUGAUUCAGUUGGGUACAAAAGCGAAUCAACAACUGUCACUGCUACUGACGGUGCAUCGUUUUCACAACCAGCUUCUGGAUAUCAACCUGCAUGGUUGGGUGGUCCCGGUCAAAAGUCAAUGGCUGACAUAGUCAAAAUGGGUAGACCACAAACCAACGAUUAUUACACCUCUUCAAACCCUUCUCAACAGAGUAUCAGUCACAGCGUUGUUGUUCCAGAAAAACAGCCUGAAUAUGAUCACGUUUCACCUGAUGAUGAUUGGCCUGUAGACCAGCCACAAGACGAAUCUGGUUUGACUUCUGGUCAGUCAAACUAUCAAACCAAUGAGGUCUUCGACCACGAAACCAAUGAGGUUGAGGCUCAAGAUGAAAGUUCCGACGAAGAUGAAAUCGAGAACCAUGUGGACCCUGCUUCUGUGACUGAACCUGUUUAUGAUAAUGGCCCUUAUGAGCACAAUGACGUUGAAGAAGUAGAUGCAUCUUUAUCAUCCGUGAGUGCGAAUAUACAAAAACUUAGCGUACAAGAAGAGGAGCACACGGUACAACCUGAAGAGGAUGCCCCGUCUUUAAUAAUUCCGAGUCAUCUGCAAGUCAACACUGCUGAUUGCUCACACUUGAGUUUCGGAAGCUUUAGUGCAAAUAUAAAUCUAAAUACCGAUUUCUCGAGACCUUCGACUGCUGACCAUUCUGAACCUAUAAAUCACGAGUAUUAUGACGAUGGUCCGACAAGAAACAUAACAGGAGCAGAAAGUUACGAGUUACCCUCUCCUUCACAAACUUCAGUAUUGAAACAAGAGGACCCUGAAGUGACACAUGGCGGUCAAAGUCAAUUCGGUUUCCCCCAACCGUCACACACUCAUACAUUUGAAGUGACACGCGGCAGUGAAAGUCAAAUUUCUACACCCUUUUUGAAUGACAUGCAGGCUGCAGCUAACGGUAAUCCUAUCAGAGAAUCUGAUCUGUCAUACUCACAAUUUUCAGUUAGUCAAUCGAUGCCUUCUAGGUAUGCUGACUCAGCAUCUUCCAUCAGCGACCCAACCAUAUCAAUGGCCGAGGCGUUGAAGAAUGUAGGGCUUUCAUCAUCUCAACCACCACAGCAGACUCUUGCUACAGGACCUGCUGGUCCACAACACCUUAACGUGCACCCUUACUCCCAACCUACCCUUCCGUUAGGACUGUUUAGCAACAUGAUUGGGUACCCAUUUUUGCCUCAAAAUUACGCAUAUAUGCCGUCUGGUUUUCAACCCACGUUUGCUGGAAAUAACACGUAUCAUCAGCAACUAGCAGCCAUGCUCCCGCAGUAUAAAAACAGUGUUUCUGUCAGCAGCUUGCCCCAGUCUGCAGCUGUUGCUUCUGGUUACGGUUCGUAUGGUAAUUCAACAGCAAUUCCCGGAAAUUACCAAGUUACACCACCUGCGGGUCCCACAGGAUCCACGAUGAGCUAUGAUGAGUUAUUGAAUGCACAUUAUAAAGACAACAGUCACUUGCUCUCUCUCCAGCAGAAUGAGAACUCUCCGAUGUGGGUUCAUGGAGGUGGUUCACGGACAAUGCCAGCGGUUCCAGCCAGUGCAUUUUACAACUUGCAGCAGAACCAGAACCAGCAGCAGCCGAGUGGGUUCAGGCAAGGUCAGCAGCCUUCACAGAGUUACGGUGGGGCCGUCCUUAACUACCCAGAUUUCUUCCAGUCGCAGACGGGGAUGUCACAGGAACACCAGCUGCAGCAGAACCCUAGGGAUGGUGGGUCCCAGGGACAGCCGAAACUACAGUCGCAACAGCUAUGGCAAAACGGGUACUGAUGGUUGAAAUCAGAUCAAGGUUUUCGAGGGUGGUGUUUGUGCCUUGAGAGGUUGUAUGUCUUUCAUGGUUGAGUUUAGCAAUGUAACGUAGGAAUAUGUGGUGACUGUGGUUAGUGGACUUUGUUUAUUUCAUGGGUUUGGUUUUUCGCGCUCAUGCUGCUAAAGUUCUAACCGCCUUUACUUAUCCGAGUAAUGACAGCUAAGGUCACCUUUUUUAUG